AUGGACGGAUCGACGCUGUACUUCGACGACGCUGUUCCGCCACACUGCAGUGUUGGCGUGGACCUCUUUUUCUUCUGCAGCGAGCCCGGCCGCGAGCUCCGCGGCGUCCGCAACCUGCCUGCCGGCGUGCACGUUGUGCAUCUCACCAGCGGCCUGCACAACACACGCACGGCGCAGCUGCUGGAGCUGGAUGGCCGCUCGGGCUACGCUGUGCGCUUCUGCCACCGCACUGGCGACGACGCCCCAUACACGGAGAUCCACACCGUCCGCCUUGAUCGGCACAGCGUGGUCCCGGACACCCUGGGACGGCGCGUGGUGGACUACGGCGCGCUGGCGGUGGCCGGGGCUGAUUGGCGCGCGUUGCGCUUCGACCGGUCGGUGCUGGGCUUUGUGCGGAGCCCCGACGGCGUGCUGCGCACGCACGACAGCACGGGCCCGGAGCUGCGGCGGCGGCGGCGCCGCCGCCUGGCCCCAGCACGAGCACGAGCCCGAGCUGCUGCUGAGCGGGCUCGACUUCACCACCAGCGACAAGCGGCAGCUGGUGCGUCUGGACCGGACGGGGGCGGCCCGCACCGCGGACUUCCUUGA